GUCAAGGUCGCAAUUAUGGCUUCCUGAAUGUCGAGAAAAUGUUAAUCACAUUUAUAAUUUGUUGCAUUUCUGAGUGAUUGUUCAAGAAUAUAAUUUGAAUCAGUACACCAAAACGACAGACUGGUGUAACACAUGUGUUUUUGAAAUAUUUCACAUGUAAUUUAAGGCAUCGGACCAUUUUGGAUCGUUGUAUUUUCUGAUGGUUUGGGACGAAUCUUUCUGUCUAGAUUUGGCAGAUCGCCUUGGGUCAAAUAUUGUUUGAGUGAUCAAGAUACAGUGUAAAUACAUUCGCAAUGAUGUUCUGUUGGAACUGUAGAUGUGGCGCGAAUAUUCUUGUGAGGACCAUCCACACGGCACUCUGCGUUGGAGUGCCAGUCACUCUCCUUGUCAAAGAUACAAUUUUGAGUCGGGCUGUGGUACAGACACAGGACUUGCUCUAUGGUAUUUGUUAUCUCCUCUUGAUGUCACUCUCCAUCGUCUUCUAUUACCUUGCCUGCUUCAUCGACCCAGGAUAUCUGCCUCUCAAAAAGAAGAAGACAUCAGUUAAUAACAAUUCUGAAGAUGAAGGUUCUGAUGAAGACAGCAGCAUGUUGAAGAAUGGUGAUAAAGAUGUCAAAUACCGCAUGUGUGACUACUGUGAGAUACAGCAACCAAUGAGAGCCAAGCACUGUGAGGACUGCAAGCGUUGUGUGAGGAAGUAUGACCACCAUUGUCCGUGGCUGGAGGCGUGUGUCGGGGAACGCAACCACAAGUUCUUCCUGUUGUUCCUGCUCUCCACGGCUAUGCUAGUGAUGUGGACUUUCUUCAUUGCCUGGAAUGCCAUAGUGUUCCGUCUUGACUGGUCGGUGUGGUUCAAGGCCAACUUCCUCUUCUUCAUCGACAUCAUCAUCCUGAUCUUCGGAGGGUUCGUCGUCGUGGGUCUCCUGUGCUUCCACUCCUACCUGAUGGUCAAGGGGAUGACCACAUGGGAGGCAGCUUCCCGGGAGAGGAUCACAUAUCUGAAAUAUCUUGACGAGGACUAUAAUCCAUUUGAUGAGGGUGUGUGCAAAAAUAUGUACUACUUCCUGUGCGUGUGCAAGGUGCGGAAGUGGGAGAGUGUGUAUUCCAAGAAAGCUGAUGUCAAUGGGAAUGGAGGUAUUGUGUGAAUGUAGAGAUGCCUAAAGAUGUUGAAAUAUGACAUCACUUUUAGCUUAAAUAAUUCCAGAUAAGCCUAUCACAGUGUUCCAUAUUAGGGGAAUCCAAGUUUGUCCUGAUGGAAUUCAAAUCUUUGGGACCCCCUAAAUUUUUAACUUUUGACAUUAGGGUUAUGACAAGGACCCCUUAUUUUCAUGCUUAAUUUGGAACACUGCUAUCUUAUGACAUGGUGGUUCUGCAGAUCCUCUGACUCAACUGACAUGGUUGCGUUUGAUAGACUGACACAUACCCCAAGCUUUACAUAUCUCACAGACACUUCAGCAAAUGUAGCGAAACCCCAGUCUUGAAAAGUGUCUUCCACUAUUAUAAGCCCAGCUAAAAUUAAUCCACAUAUCAACUCUAUCAAAAAGUUUACCCAAAAAUUCCAAGAGAAGAUCGAGCUAGUAGACUCAAUAUUUUGGAACAAUAUUUCUAUACUACUUACAGAUUCACAUCUAGCAACAUUUGUAUUGUGCUAGCAGAGAUCUAUAAAUAGCUCAACACCCAACAUAUCUAAAUGGGCUCAACAUACAAAAUACAUCCAAAAUUGUUGUCAUCGUUGUCUCCAUACAGAUGUAAUCAACAUGUCAUUUUGUAACAGGUCCCAUGGGAGGGUGUCAAGAAUGUGUAAAAACAAUGCUUCAAGCAAUGAAUUAGUAAAUGUUUGUAUGGAUAUUUUCUUGUGUUUGUUGGCAUUGAAAAUUGAAUAUAUAUUUUUCUUUGUUAUUAUUCUGUUUAUACGAUCAUAUCACAGCAUAAUAAACGAUGAUUAUUUUAAUAUUAUACCAUAACAGAUGGUUUUGUCCUUGAGAUUACUGAUGUUUCAUGACUGAAAUAUGUACCACAAGAUUUAUGUCACAUAUAUCAGUUCGAUGAAAUCUGAGAAUUAAACAUUUCUGGAAAAUAUUUAAGAAUUUAUUUCCAUUUGUCUGCAAUAAUGUUUAUUGGUGAGAAGGUACAGAUGUAUAUAUACUGAACAAAAAAAGUUAGGGUUCAUGAAUAUUUUUUUGGAUAUUUUUAUGAAAAUUGUGUGUUCCGUCGUCACUGCAAAAACAUAUGCACCAAAAUAUUCCUGAUCCCUAACUUUUUUGUUCAGUAUAUAUUAUUUAAUGCGAGUGGCUAUUGUGUGGUAAAUGCUGCCAGUGUCAAUAUUGUACAUGUUGGAUGUAUCCCAUGUUGCCAAAGUUAGUUGCAAUGUUGUAGAGAAACUGUUGACAAGCUAUUAAUGUUGAUUUCACAAAUUACGUGAUGUAGAUUUUAUUUUACUAAGUUCUAAGUGUGAAGUAUUUUUAGUAUAUUCUGUAGGAUAUCUUUCCUAAUCACUUCUUUUUGUGAACAGAACAUACCCAUACAACCAUAUCAUUGAAGACUUAUUUUCUUCUGUUUAGACAGAUAAUCCCAUUCCAGUUUUAUCUCCAUUAAGUAAUCUUACUUUUUAUUUUCACAUUUAUGUAAAACGGGAAUGUUAACAGUGUCAGUACACAAACGUUGUUGCCAAUCAAUCAAUAUUUAUUUCUUCAUAAAAACCACCAACAGUGGGGGAGGGCCAUUCAGCUUGUCUGGUAACAGGUAUAUAUACAAUUCUAUGUAUGUGAUUUUGUUUUUAUGUUGUUUUUGAGGAUAUUACAAUAUUGUGUUUGUCUUUUUGUAUUUCUGAAUUAUGUCACAAUCUGAUUUAUUUCAACAUUGUGAGUAGAAAACUGCCUUAUAAUAUCUGAAGGGGAGUCACCCUUUGUCUUUUCCUUAAAACCCCCCCACUUCCUUUCAUAUUUUAAUGACUUGAUUUGGUAUUGAAGAAUUUGCACCAACUGGGUCAUUUAUUUUAGAACAUUUUUGCACUAUUUGGGUCAAAUAUGGUGGAACAUUUUAUUCUUCAGCAAUAGCUCUAAUUGGGUCAAACAUGUCAGUGAUGUCAUAUUUGUUUGUUUGUUUGUUGUUUAAUGCUGCACUCGGAAAUAUACCAACUUUAUGACAGUAGUAUGUAAAUAGUCAA